GGCACUUCCUUAAAUGAUAUGGCCGUGAAGUUCGUCGAGACCUCCAAGUCGUGGAAUCUUCUCUCGCAGGACUCCAAAGAGAAGUACGUUGCACAGGCAAUGGAGAACAGGUUGACCUACCUUCGGGCUCUAAAACAGUGGGCUGAUGAUAAGGAGAUCCAGUUCUCCAAACGAGUUUCAGUCCUUUCGAGCCGCUUGUAUGCCAAGCACCAGCGCAGCGAGGCCAAGGCGAAGCGUUUGAAGGAGAGCAGCAAGACAGCUGCUAAAACUGCCUAA